AUCACUUGUUUCCUCCUACAAUCAAUUUCUCUCUUUCUCAUGGCUUCCAACAACAAGCAUUUAGUUGUGAAGUAUUUGGAGUGUAUGCAUAAUUAUGCUGCUAGUUCUAUGAGUUAUGUAUUUGAUGGUUGUGGUGAAUUUUGUUCAGCUGGAGCUCAAGGAACUCCUGAUUUUUUUAUCUGUGCUGCUUGUCAAUGCCACAGAAGCUUCCAUAGAAAAAUGGAGGUAGAGGUAGAGUCCGAGGCGGAGCUUCCUAUCAAUGGUACCCCCCUUGCCACCAUUGAUGGUUCACCAGCAUCUCCCCCACAACAAUGCUUAGCGAGAUCUAGGCAGCUUCAUCAUUCUCACCAAACGUUCAACAGGAAAAAAGUUGUUGCCAUGCCACCACAAGGCGGCGCAAAAAAGGACAAGGGUAAGGGAGAGACAGAAUUAGCAAACCAAAGCAGCUUCACAAGAAGAAAGUGCAACAGUACUGCUACUACUUCUUCGGGGAGAAUCAGGCUAACUGCUUAUCAAAAAAAGAGAAUUUUAACUUUUGUAAAAGAGGUUAUGGGAUGGAGGUGGACAAAAUGGAAUAACAAAGUGAUACCUUUUUGUGAUGAGAUUGGGAUCACUACCCAAUUCUUGAAGAAUUGGAUCAACUAUAACCGUCGCAUAAUUGGGCCCUUAAAAGAGCCAUCUAAUGAAAAUGAAUCAGUUGCUUAAUAUUGACAUCCAUCUCAUAAUAAUUCUCUCAGGUCCAAUCGAUAUAUUCUCAAGUGCUGGUGAGAGGUGAUUAGACAAGAAAUGACGACAUAUCUUCUAUGACUUUAAAUAAGAGGGGUGAAGAGGCAUAUAUUAGGGUAGAAGGUCAUUCGGGUAGGUUUGUUGUGUUAUGCUUUUCGAAGGUUUAGGUUUCUUGCUGUUUGUUAUUGUACUAGCCAUAGUAUAGUUGCUUGUGAUAUCUAUAAUAAUCUGUCAUUUAUUGUGUUCCGAUUAAUGCACUAUUUUAUUGUUGUUCUUGUU